AGUGUCUGUGUAAAUAUUCGUGAAAAAGAAGGUCAGGAGCUGAUUAAACAGUUAGCCAAGAAGAGCGACGUCCUCCUUGAAAAUUAUAUUCCAGGAAAACUGUCUGAAUUUAACCUUGGAUAUGAACACAUUGCCGAAAUAGCUCCCCAUCUUGUUUAUUGCUCCAUAACAGGGUAUGGUCAAACUGGACCGGAUGCCAAACGUGCCGGAUAUGACGUCAUCGUAGCAGCAACCGGGGGAUUAACUCAUAUUACAGGACCCGAGGGUGGCGAACCAUGCAAAGUUGGCGUGGCUAUGACAGACUUAUCAACGGGGUUGUACGCAUACGGGUCAAUUUUAGCAGCGUUAUUACAUCGGUCUAAAACAGGGCGUGGCCAGCAUAUUGAUUGUAAUUUAUUGUCAACUCAGGUAGCAUCUCUAGUCAAUAUUGCCAGCAAUUAUCUAAAUGCGGAUAUGGAAGCUCAUAGACGAGGCACGUCACAUCCGAGUAUAGUUCCUUAUCAGGCGUUUGAGACUGUAGAUGGUUAUGUCAUGGCGGGAGCGGGUAAUGAUAAACAGUUUGAAAUUCUUUGUAAGCGUAUAGGUUUACCAGAUGUUUGUGACAAUGAAGAUUAUACAACAAACAGACGAAGAGUUCAUAACAGGAAAUCACUGAUAGACAUAUUAAGCAAGAGAUUCAAAUUAAAGACAACUUCUGAUUGGUUGUGUGUAUUGAGGGAUUCUGGGAUACCGUACGGACCAAUCAACAAUAUGCAGCAAGUUUUCUCCGAUCCUCAGGUGCUACAUAACUGCAUGAUUCAGGAGAUGGAUCAUCCUACAGCCGGAGAUAUACGUGUAGCAGGUCCGGCUGUGAAAUUUGGGGCUACAGGUACUGUAUUGAAUCACGUUCCACCAUUACUUGGAGAGCAUACACGAGAGGUGUUAAUGGAGUUGUUGGAGAUGACGGAUAGUGAUAUAGACUGUCUUAUAAAACAAGGGAUAGUGAAAUGACUCUAGAAUGUGUACAACGGGUCCAAACAUUGAUAUGUAUACGGAUCAUAUAUAUAUAGUAACAACAUGUAUUUUAUGCGCCCUUAAGGCUGUAUUAUAAGAUUUCACACGUUGAGUUUGCAGUAUGCAUUACUUAAAGGUUAAUGUCGAAAAGCUACCAUCGUUCAAGAUGACUAUAUCGUUAUACUGGAUUCUGAUGUUUACAAUAUGUUUGGCAAUAUUUUCGGGCUUUAUAUUUUCAGUAUAUUCGAGGAUCACCAGUAUACGGAUUCAUGAUUAGCGGAUAUAUUUCUACGCUAACUUAUUCAUCAAAAGUCAUUUUUGCUCUGCGAAUUUAAAUACACAUCUUUAGUACAGUAUACAAUCCAUAUUUCAUGUAAAGGUCAUACUUUUGCUUAUACAAGUGAUAUUCAGCAGAAUGCUAAUUUUUCAAAGGUUACAAGAAAACUAUAAAUAUAAAUGCGUGACCGAGAUAGAUUCUCUGUGCUCAUACUGGUAUAUUAAUAUGCUAAAAUUGACAGUCUCACUGUCAGACAGUGGAUCAUAAUGAUGGAUAAAGCAUUAAACAAACAG